AUGGAUGACACACCCCAACACCCAGUGGCAUACGCCACCGCCCCAUAUCCAUUCGACCUGGAGUCGGCCGACAUGAUUCUUCGUACGCCAGACCGCGUAGACUUCCGCGUCCACAAAGCCAUCCUCGCUAUCAUUUCCCCCGUCUUCGCCACGAUGUUCCAGCUACCACAACCCUCGCACCCCGCGUCUGCGUCGUCUAUUCCUGUAGUAGACGUCUCGGAGGAUAGCAAGACGCUGGAUACUCUCUUGCGCUUGUGCUAUCCCGUCACAAAGAACGAAGCUGCGAAUGUCGAUGCGAUCGUCCCCGCUCUCGUCGCGGCGAUGAAGUACGACAUGGAGUGGCCUGUCUCAACCCUCAGCGAACAGGUCGAAGAGGCCGCUUUCCAAGAGCCUUUGCGCACCUGGGCCAUUGCCUGCCGGAUCGGCUCCGAGACGAUCGCGCUUACAGCUGCCUCCUUCCUCCUGAAAAGCAAAGACGUUUCCGCGCGCAAUCUGCCCUUCAUCGUGGAAAUGGAGGGUGCCGCUGCUUUGGACGGGGCCUCUGCCGGGGACUACUUCCGCUUGGACGAGUUCCUGCGCAAGAAGGGAAAGGUCGGCAGUGAUUUCCGCAUGCUAUCCACGCUGGAUCCAUUUACUGGUAGGGCUGCCGCCCCUCCGUGCGACGAUGCCCAUGUCGAGUUCUCACUCACAAUCCCUCUCCCUGAUGUCAUCUGUCGCUCCUCGGACGGCGUCGACUUCAAGGCACAUCGGGCUAUCCUCUCACUUAAUUCCAUUGUUUUCCGACAGACACCGCCGGUUGCAGAACAUCCCGACUUGCAUAUGUUACGCUCCCCAGUCCCAGUCCUCCAAUUCGACGGCGACGCUCAAACAUUGUUCGCCGUUCUGAGGAUCUGCUACGGCGCCGCAUUGUCCAGUCUCCCUCACCUAGCACGGGUAAUCGCCGUCUGCGGGAAGUAUAAUAUGGAGACUUUACAGCGUAUAACCGAAUGUAUGUGGGAUCGACAAGCUGCUUUGAUUCCGCUCGACGCGUACUUCAUCGCCUCGCAGCACUAUCUGGACUCCCAUGCUCAGGCAGCUGCGAAGCUCAUCUUUUCGCCGCUGGCGCUCGGACCACUACAGUGGAAGUAUACGACGAGGAUGGAGAACGCCCCCGCGAAGGUUUACCACCGACUCAUCAACUAUCUUUAUUCGUGCCGGCGUGCUGUGGGUCUGGUGUUGAAGGAGGCGAAGGAUAACUGGCCGAUCUCUGCCCCCCGGGAUACAUUGCAACGAAACAAGAUCGAUAUCUUGGCUAGUGUUCCCCGGACAGAGGGAUCGGGGAGCGGGCACGAAAACGCGGGCGUGGCGGAGCAUAUGCCAGCUCAGCGGUGGUUUGGCGAUUACUUGGACUUGGUCAGCUUCGACCCAGGCCUGGCUCGGCACCGUGACGGAGGCGACUGGACAUCUUUUGUGGGCCCUCUUGCGCUGCUCCAGGAGGUAUCAGCAGAGUCGGCGCGGGCCUUGUGUAGCGGCGCCACCUUCAUUAUCGAGGAGAUACUCCACGUUGGAGGGACUUUACCACAGAAGCUCGCUUCUGCUGUCGAAGAGAUCCAACUGGAGGUAUAA